UGUAGUGUUGUUGGAAUCACGAGGUUACACAUAGUCACCAUUGCAGUAUACAAUAUCGCAAUGGAUGCACAUUACACGGCUGCAGGUGAUAGAACACCUGAAAGCCACUCACUGCCGCCACAAUGCCGAUUUACUAUGCAACAGUGGCUGUUUAGACGCACGUCACACACCAGGCGCUAUAAACGAUGUUACAUUGUUCUACACAACGAUAGGCUGUAUUCCUUCCGGAAACCGCCAAAAUGUAGGAAAUGUGACCCUGAAAACCUAUCAUUAACACUGAGAUACGCAACAGCAAGCUGGAUGAUCGCAGGAGCAGAAUUCAAAGCAGAUACGCAAGGGCCAAGGAGAUUCUACGAAUGGAAGCUUGUUGUGAAGCCACCAAAGAUAUAUAUCGGUGAUAAAGGACCCGACUUCAGCAACUUCAAAAAUAAAGCACCGCUCUCGGGAGACAACAUCAACGACAUAUUCCGAGAUAUAGACGCCGACAAUCGCGUUGGAAGAUCAACAGCCAAGCUGUAUACCGAUGAUAGUGUACUCUGGUUGGCAACCAGCAAUUAUAAAGUAGCAGCUGAUUGGACACUAGCAGUACUAUGCACAGUUAAAUACGGGUCGCUUCGCAACUUUGUGAAUCAAAAUUCCAUCCGUAGUAAACACCUUGCAUGGAGAUUGCCAUUCUACCUAUGGCAUCUAGAAUUCUUCCCAAAAUCGCAUAACAUGGAAACCACACCAAGAAGGAAAGCAGCAUUCACAUUCAUGAAACUAAGUAUAAUGCAACUACUACACGUACCACUCCCAGAUGGAGUUUCGCUGUCCUGCAUAGUGGAACAUAACAGCAGCUUCUAUGUCCUUAACCUACCAUUACCAACACAAGGUGGUGAACCAGAAAUACACCGCACAUGGUCCAAUGUGUCCGGUGAUGAAGAACUGCAUGGACAGGAAAAUCAACGGAAUUCAGCAAGAGAUCGUAGCCCAGAUUUAUGCAGCGAUCAGUUAGUACUGCAGCGAGAAUAUCUAAAGCGACAAGCUAACUUAACACCAGGUGCUGUUGAAAACAUGGAGGAAGAUAAACAAAAGGUGAAGCAGAAUAACGCAACAAACACAGUGCCACAUGGACAGGGAUAUAACAUGUUAUCGAAGCUCUGGGGAUUGAAUAAAGGAUCAGAGAAACGAAAGGUAAUAAUACGCAAACGAUCAUUUACAUACGGAGAGGAUGCGUGCAUAUACCUGCCAAUGUACCAAAAUUUCACACAUGAUUACGUAUGGGUACACGUUGUUACAAGCAGUGAUAUGUAUAUUGGGAGUGCAGCAAUAACCAAUUGCGACUUCAGUGUAGUGGAGCCAUCCAAGCCAAAAACAUGCAUCCUGAAGCAUAUAGAAGCAGUUAACCCACUGAACCAGAAAAGACUAAACCUAUCUGAUAUCCCGAAUCCGAACUCAGUGAUCAAUACCUCAAAAGUCAAAGCAAAGGUACCGCAACCAGGGUAUAUUGUACUAUCAAUAGUUACACCGAAACACUAUGGAAACUUCAUGGACCCAGUCAAGAUAUCACACCACUCGCCACAAGAAUACCUAGGGAACGCAACAAAAGCGUCGACAUCAGGUGGAUUGCAUAUGCUAAUGACCAAUAUUAAGCGGGUAGUGGCGGCAUAUAGAACCAUUAAAACACUAGGAGGAUAUGUUACACGUGUACUCCAAUUCAAAAGCACAACGGUAUCUAUAUUCUGGAUAGUGUACAUAAUACUGGCACUAGGGUUCUACCAAGAUAAGCUAAUGCUAUUUGUAAUGAUGCCACUCAUGUUCUACUCACUCAUGUGCAACGCAGACUACAGAAAGUCAAUCACCGGCAUCCUGCUGAAAUACCCACUGCUAGUGGCAAUAUUGCCACAAAGAAUAACGCUCAAGUUCCUGCUACUGCCUAAACCGGUUUGUGCCAUAUGCACCAAACGAAAGGCGUUCCUUAACCAGAAUAGCCAUGUAGUAAAUGAAGUAGUAAACGCGAGAAUCCUAGUCACGCGGAAGGUAUAUAUAAAAGACCGAGAUAUACGUAACAGGUCGUCAUCAUACUGUGUAGAUGGAAUGAUUGGAAAGGAACAUGCAGUAACGAUAGAACACAGAGAUCACCCAAUGCUAACACCAAACCAAGCUAUGAACCCAUACGUUUCAUAUAUCUCACACCCAGGGACACAAGUGGAAUCCUGCAAUCAUAAGGGUAUAGUACACUCGUACCUAGCGGGGUUAUUCCUCAACCAUAUAGCACCAAACUCAUUGGAUAACAUCAAACCAGCAGAUGGACACAGCGUACUCAAGGCAAUGCACUCCAUAUACUACUAUCCACCGCCGUACCCCUGGGGAGUUGUGCCGUGGCUACAAAACGUAAUAUUCACUCUCAAGUAUAUCAUGAUGACUUUAUUCAUUACACUAGCAGGUGGAAUGGGAGAUAUACAAACGCUACAUCUGCUGCACAGGAUUAGAGUAUGUACAAAACUUAACGAUGAAGCAGUAAACCCAGCGGAGGAGUUGCAACAACGAAGACCACUGAGAAUAAUGUCAAUCACGCCACCCGUAGAAGAACUUAGCAGAGAGUGGUAUGAAAAUGAACGCAAGUCAGUACUGGGAGUCUACAGCAAAGAAUGCCUAAGGUUCUAUGACAGACCGAAUAUGUCCUCAAAAGAUGGCAGGAUGGUAUCCAUACCACCUAACAUCAUCAAUAAAGCGAAAGUGCUAAUCUCAGAAGAAACAGAUGAAAAUGGAUGGAUGUAUGCAAAAAACUGGACGUCAGUGUGGUAUAAGGAAGCACAUACAUUCACCUUUGUAAGAAGACGUAAAUGGAUAACGAAACAUAGGAAAAUAAGUGUAAUGUCAGCAAGAAACACAACACCCAGUACACGACGCGCAUCUCCAGUAAAACUGGAUAUUACCAACAAUUUAAUGGGAGAAAUAAACCAUAGUGUGGAAAGAGAAAAUGUAAAGAUGAGCUCACAACUAACCAGAAGGACUAGCAACAAAGGAUUCUUUGCUAAACAAGAAGAAACCGAUAACAAUCCAUCCACUAGUGAGGUCAAACAAGGAGAUGACAUACCAAGGGUAACACCAACAAACGAUUCAACAACAAUCGCAAAAAAUAAUGUAUCCAAAAAAAUGAAUCCACUGGGAUCUAUACGUAAGGGAAUAAUCAGUAUAGCAAAAACAAACAAUAUGAAAUAUAACCCAAAUGAACCCGUGUCACCGCCACCGGAAAAUACCGAUUUGAAAUCAAGAUUCAAAUUCCCAAUGAUUAACCGAUUCAGAACAAAUGUAACAAUAAAUGAACACGUGGAUAAUGACACUAAAUGGGAACGUAGCAUAUCCCCCCAAGAAGUUGCAAAGGAGACGCUAUAUCAACCAGCAGUGGAACCAUUAACACUAGAAUCCGAAAGUGAUGACCCAUGGGUUAACGAAGAAGAGGAUUUUGAAGAAAUUGAAUCGCCACGGCGAAUGUAUACUAUGCCUAAUAUAGUUGGAACAACCCUAACACAAUUUGUACCGACCAUAGUAAUACAUCUUAUAAGGCUGCUUUAUACCAUGCUAUCAGCGCUUAUCAUGUUUGCAACGACCAAGAAAAUGGAUUAUACAGAUAAUAUAGUACAGGAUGGAUUAAUGCCUAACUUUCAAAAUGCAGUCAGAGGUGCAAAGCCACCCAGAUGUAAACUAAUCACAAAAUUAGGAGAAAAGGGAUUCUGUAAGCGUAAAUCUAAAAGCUUCCAAAUAGUACCAGGACAAUCUAUACGCAUAGUUAACAAUCCUCGGAAACAUAGAAAGUCCAAACAAAAAGCAAGUUUAAUACUAGGCCAUACGAAGAAAACGGAAACUGAUAACAUAUACACAAAACCAGAAGAUGUUGAAUAUGAAAACUUCUCAGUCAUACCCGAAGUUAAAAACACAAUGCAUAUGGAAGACGUCGCGCUGGACCCUGUAUUCAUUGAAGAAAGUGAAGAGUCGGAAGUUGAUGACAGUUACUCGGAAUCUGGUGAAGAAGAAUACAAGGCAUUCAAUAGCAUACAAAAAGAAGAUGCUGAUAAAGGUACAACACCAAAGUCAGAAGAAGAACAAACAGAAAAACCAAAGCUGAGUAGUGUCAAGGACCAAAUUGUAACGACAGAAAAUACAAAUAAAAGAGGGAGACUCUAUUCGUACAUCAAACAUAUAUACGUCAACAAAAUAAGAAGACGACAGUCAGAUGUAGAAGAAGGAGAUAUACUGCCACCAGAUGAUUCAAAACAACCAUCGGAAUACGAUGGACUGGAAAGUGAUGUUGAUAUGGAAACGGAGCAUAAAAUGACAGUUAUAGGAAUGUUAAGGAAAGCUAGAGGACAAAUAGUAGUAGGAAACUACUAUAUCAACCUGUUUACCAUGCGAUAUGAAAAGUUCCUCAACCUAUUCUCAUGGCAACACCCAAAAGUAACACAACUGGUCAUGAUCAUCUGUAUCACACUCGCCAUAGCAAACUACUUCUUCGGAGUAGGACCACUAGUGUUGCUAUACGUUGUAGCAUACUUCAAAUCAGGGUAUAUAGCAGGGACAUGGGAAAGAACUAUACGCAAAAACGUUGAACGACAUAUCGAAAGAUGUAUGUCAGAACUAGAUAUAUAUAGACCAUUCUGGGAUCUGACGAACAGGCAAGUAGUAGCACUAGCAAGAGCAGUAUACGCAUUCUGCAACAUCGAUAUCACGUCAGCGGUCAUACGCGAGUCAGCAACGCGCGGAGAACUCGCAGAAGCAAUCACCGCAAAAUUAAUAGAACAAAAAUUCAGAAAAAACUGGGAAAGACGUAGUUGGGCUUUACACCUCUUCCGACACUCACCCAGCCAACUCGACCUGUGACGCGCAGGCAUACACCAUAGUCAGUCAAAAUGGAACUUGCACUUUUCAACGCUAAAUAUGGGUACCUAGA